AUGAAGGCCGUUUCGGUCACUCUCGUUUCUCUUUUCGCCGUGGCCCAGGCCACUGGCUCGUGGUGGGUCACGGACAAGUGCUACUCCAAUCCCGAGAACACAGACAACGAGUGCACUGAUCAUCAGAAAGGUGGUUGGGACUGGUCUGACCUUACUGCCGGAUCCUUCUCCUCGUAUGGAGGCUUCGAUUUCUCUGGUUUUAAGUGCAGUGACGGCACCGGUUGGGGAAAACGUACCUUCGGCGGCGGCAAAUCCAUUGAGGGGAAGCUCUCCUCUGCCCCCAAGUUCUCCUGCGGCCAAGAGAAAAAGGGGUUCUCCAUUAGCAAGCUGCAUCUCUCCACCUCCAAGGAGACCGACGUGCACAUCGUCUAUGGCAUGCCCGAUGGUUCCACUUGCCGUAACGUUGCUUCUUGCUCGCCCGAGGGCACCCAGGUCAGCAACGACCAGUGCGGCGGUGCCGUCUCCGUGAGCUUCGAGCCCCCCGAGGGAUCGGAGGAUGAUGACUGUGACAUCGGUGUCCACAGCAUUGACUUUGACUGCUCUCCUGGCAAGACCACCUCGACUCCCACCGCUGGUGUGCCAACCGAGACUGGUGUCAGCCCCGAAUCGUCCUCCACUCCUGUUGGCUCCGAGUCGUCCACUCCUGUCAUUCCCACUCCUGUUCCUUCCUCGUCUGAUGUGGUCCCCACGUCGUCUUCUGCAGGCAUCACGACGCCCGCCCCUGUCACCACUCCUGUCCAGUGGACCACCUCGACCGUGUACACUACUAGUGAGAUCACCAUCACCAGCUGCGCUCCUACGGUGACCGACUGCCCUGCCAACUCAAUCAGUGUCAUUACCUCGACCAUUGCAGUUUCGACCACUGUGUGCCCCGUUACUGCCACCGAGACUGCCUCUGUCUCUCUGCCUUCUUCUGUUGAUGCGGGUUCGAGCUCUGGAAGCCCAACCCCCGACGUCACUCCUUCCGAGACUGCUACUGAGACUGCUCCAUCCGAGACCGACUCCGAGACUCCUUCCGAGACUGCCCCCUCUGAGACCUCCCCUGAAAGCACCCCCACUGGCAGCUCUCCCGUCGAGUCCAGCUCCUCGACCCCGGCCAUCACUUCACCUGCGACUCCUGCUCCUUCCAGCACUGCCCCUGGCAUCACUGGGGAUGUCACCACGACUGUUGUAACCUACGAGACCGUGACCACCUGCCCUGUGACUGAAACCAUCUCGACCAGUGGCACCGUCACCACGUCUACCUACAGCACUGUCUCUACCGUCACUCUGACUUCCACUUCGACCAUCUGCACUGCUUGCGAGGCCAGCACCACUCCCGCCCCCUCGUCUGUCGCCCCUGUGACCACUGGCCCUGCCCCUGAGGACUUGGCCACUACCGUGGUGACAUACGAGACUGUGACAACCUGCCCUGUGACUGAAACCAUCUCGACCAGCGGCACCGUCACGACCUCCACCUACAGCACUGUCUCGACCGUCACUCUGACCUCAACCGCCACCGUCUGCACUCGCUGCACUGCGGGAAGCACUACCCUUCCCUCGGGCCAGUCCCCGGUCACCGCCAGCGAGACCAGCGACGUGCCCUCCGUGACCACCACUCCCUCGUCUGUCCCCUCGGCCCCCUGCCCCAACGUUGUGCCCAAGUGUAUCAACACCUGGCUCAGCCUGCUUCCCAAGUGCGACUCCAACAGUGACGCCAGCUGCUUCUGCCCGUCCUCCGAGUUCACUGACAAGGUCAUCGCCUGUGUGCAGUCCUGGGGAGCCUCGCAGGCGGAGGUCCAGGCCGCUCUGUCCUACUUCACCGGUAUCUGCGCUGCCUACGUGCCCCAGAACCCCGGCAUCGUGACCGCCAUCCCGACCACCAUCACCCUGGUCCCCACCGUCACCCCCACCGGCGUGGACGCAGUCACCGCUCCUACUGGUGCUGCCACUGCCACUGCCACGCCGACCGGUGGUGCGGCCGUCACGCCCGCUCCCGAGGCCCCCUCCGCCCCCUGCACCACCAUCACUUACUCCUCUUACACCGUGACGGUGCCCCAGGUCGCUUUCUCAACUGCCACCGCCGGCUCGACCACUACCAUCGGUCUGAUCCCCGGCCCGGCCCCGACCUCCGCAGGCACCACAAGCCGGAUUCCCAACCCCUGGCUGUCCUCCUCGACACUGGUGACCCACCCAGGCACCGCGUCGGCUACUGCCUCUCCGACCGCCGGUCCCAUCCUGUCCAACGAUGCCUCCUCGGGCUCUGUCUCGAGCAUGGUCUGGGCUGUCGCUGUCGCGGCCCUCUUUGGCGCUCUUUACUAA